ACCCCUCCAUGAGCUACCGCUCUCGGUUAAUGUGAGAUGAUGCCACCCAUUGGUCAAACAUUUUUUUCGGCAAAAUUCAAUACUAAAAUUCAAACCCCUCCAUAGGCUGCUGUUCUCUAUCUUCGCCCCCCAGAUUUUAGUCGAUCGAUUAUUUCUUCAAAUAAAUCCGUUAAUUAGUUAAUCAAUUCCAUGGCGGAAGAGCAAGCAGAGGUGUCGAAUAAUGCAUCGGCGGCACUGGGUCACUCGGUGAUACCGAUUGUGAACAAGCUACAGGAUAUCUUCGCUCAGCUCGGGAGCCAGUCCACGAUCGAGUUGCCACAGGUGGCCGUAGUUGGCAGCCAGAGCAGUGGGAAAUCUAGUGUUCUGGAGGCGCUCGUAGGGCGCGAUUUCUUGCCUCGGGGAAAUGAUAUCUGCACGCGCCGCCCUCUCGUGCUGCAACUCGUGCAGAGGAAGAGGAAGGCUGACGGAACUGACGAGGAGUGGGGGGAGUUCUUGCAUUUACCGGGGAAGAGGUUCUUUGAUUUCAAUGAAAUCAGGAAAGAGAUUCAGGCUGAAACUGAAAGAGAAGCAGGAGGAAACAAAGGCGUUACAGACAAGAAAAUCCGGCUGAAGAUUUUUUCACCAAAUGUUCUUGAUAUUACUCUUGUGGAUUUGCCGGGGUUAACUAAAGUUCCUGUGGGUGAUCAGCCAUCUGACAUAGAAGCACGUAUUAGAACAAUGAUAAUGUCAUAUAUUAAACAUCAAAGUUGCUUGAUUUUGGCUGUUACACCAGCGAAUUCUGAUUUAGCCAACUCAGAUGCUCUCCAGAUGGCUGGAAUGGCUGAUCCUGAUGGUUUUCGAACAAUUGGUGUAAUUACUAAGCUGGAUAUUAUGGACAGAGGAACCGAUGCCCGCAAUUUCUUGCUUGGAAAAGUGAUUCCUCUCCGACUUGGAUAUGUAGGUGUUGUGAAUCGUAGUCAGGAGGAUGUACUGUUGAAUCGGAGCAUCAAGGAUGCACUUGUAGCUGAGGAGAAGUUCUUUCGUGGUCGUCCAGUUUAUAGUGAUCUUGCUGAUCGUUGUGGGAUUCCUCAGUUGGCCAAAAAAUUAAACCAGAUACUGGUACAGCACAUCAAAACGAUUCUUCCAGGGUUGAAGUCACGCAUCAGUGCUGCUUUGGUUUCUGUUGCAAAGGAGCAUGCUAGCUAUGGAGAGAUCACCGAGUCAAAGGCCGGUCAAGGAGCGCUGCUACUGAACAUUCUUUCCAAGUAUUCUGAAGCAUUCUCUUCAAUGGUAGAAGGAAAAAACGAAGAACUGUCAACAUCCGAGCUGUCUGGUGGAGCAAGAAUCCAUUACAUUUUCCAAAACAUAUUUGUGAAGAGCUUGGAGGUUUGUGGUGUUCAUUUGAAUGUUAUCGACAUGGAUCGUGAUUUCUUAGUUCUUACAUUGUGAAUUUUGUUGUAAAUUGUUUUCCAACUAAAAAAUGUGAAUUUGAUUGAGUAUUUAGAAUCCAGUCCUUUGUAGGAUG